UAAAAACUUGUAAUCAUUCGAGGCCUAGAUUGUCUAUUUUUCUUAAGAAAAUUUGUUUUUCCAAAAUCAUGAAUGGUUACAAAAUAGAUAAUCAAAAAACUGAAUCCAAAAACUACUCUCAAAACCAAGGCCUUAUUGUAAUUGGUUUCUACCGGUUCGAUUCCUGGAAGAAAGAAAACCGGAAUCACGAAUCGCCACAUCACACACUUCUGUUGUGAAAUGGGCUUUAGAUUAGAAAACCGGUUUUGGUUAUUUGAUUAGAAAACCGGUUUGAUUUCUGGAAGAGAAAAAACCGGAAUUUUUAUAUCAUACUCACUCUCUUCGUUUCGCCUCUCCCCCAACCUCUCUGACUCGCCUACGCCUAUUCCUCCUCGUCGCCGUUAUAAAUUUGGCCGGACGAUCAAAAUUAAGACAAGCCCUAUUAUUUUACUUGUGACCAGUCUCUGUUUAUGUGGGUUUCAAGCUCAAUACUUAACCUGAAGUCUCAUUGGUUUACGAGAGCUAAGCCCUUUCGAUAUAUCUGUUUUAGGAGCUUUUCUCUUACUUCAUUGGCUGAUAAUAACCCCCCAAGGUUUCAGAGUGAUUCAGGUAUCUCCGAUGCAAGAAUUAGUUCAAGUAAGCAUUUUUAUUUUGGUGGAGGUUUUGCUACGAUUCUGAGGAACGUUGAUGUCCCUAGUGACGACUGUGUUGAAACUAUUAGAAAUGUGCUUAUGAAACACAGUUGGAUACAGAAACAUGAGACUGGGUUUAGUACUGAGCUUGAUCAGUAUAGUGUCGUUAGAAUUUUGGAUGAUUUGUUUGAGGAGACUUUGGAUGCGUCUAUUGCUUUAUACUUCUUUAGGUGGUCAGAGUUGUGGAUUGGCGUUGAGCACUCGAGCAGGUCUAUCAGCCGAAUGGUUCAUAUUUUGGUUUCUGGAAAUAUGAAUUACAGAGCUGUAGAUAUGCUUCUGUGUCUGGUGAAGAAAUGUAGUGGAGAAGAGAGGUCCUUGUGUUUAGUUAUGAAUGAUCUAUUCGAAACUCGUAUUGAUCGUCGGGUUUUGGAGACUGUGUUUUGCAUACUGAUUGAUUGUUGCGUUAGAGAGAGACAAGUAGACAUGGCCCUGAAACUAACUUACAAAAUGGACCACUUUGGUAUCUUUCCUUCACGAGGGGUUUGUAUUUCGUUGCUUGACGGAAUUCUAAGAGUUCAUGGCUUGGAGUUAGCUCGGGAAUUUGUUGAGCACAUGGUUAGUCGAGGGAGGCAUCUAAAUGCUGCUGUGCUUAGCCUAUUCAUAAGCAGAUAUUGCUCUGAUGGCUAUUUUGAUAAAGGUUGGGAAUUACUUAUGGGGAUGAAACACUAUGACAUCAGACCUGAUGUUGUGGCAUUUACAAUUUUCGUUAAUAAAUUAUGUAAGGCAGGUUUUCUAAAAGAAGCAACUGCAGUAUUGUUUAAACUCAAACUCUUUGGUAUCUCUCAGGAUUAUGUAUCCGUCAGUUCUGUUAUUGAUGGGUUCUGUAAGGUAGGAAAACCAGAGGAAGCCAUUAAGCUCAUUCACUAUUUUCGUCUUAGACCAAACAUUUUUGUGUACAGUAGCUUUCUGUCAAAUAUAUGUACCAAGGGAGACAUGCUAAGAGCAUCUACCAUAUUUCAGGAGAUUUUCGAGUUGGGACUUCUUCCUGAUUGUGUCUGUUAUACAAAUAUGAUUGAUGGGUAUUGUAAUCUAGGCAGAACAGAUAAAGCUUUUCAAUAUUUCGGGGCGCUGUUGAAAAGUGGGAACCGGCCAUCCUUGAAAACGUAUACACUACUUAUUGGUGCUUGCAGCAAAUUUGGAAGCAUAGUUGAUGCAGAGUCUGUGUUUCGGAAUGUGAAACUUGAGGGUUUGAAACCGGAUAUUGUAACGUAUAACAGUCUGAUGUAUGGUUAUGGGAAGACACAUCAGCUGAAUAAAGUUUUUGAGCUUAUUGAUGGAAUGAGAUCUGCUGGUAUUUCUCCAGAUGUUGCAACCUACAAUAUUGUGAUACAUAGCAUGGUAAUUAGAGGAUAUGUAGAUGAAGCAAAUGAAAUUAUCAGUGAGCUUAUCCGACGGGGCUUCGUUCCUAGUGCAUUUGCAUUCACUGAUGUGAUUGAUGGGUUCUCAAAGAGGGGGGAUUUUCAGGAAGCGUUUCUUUUGUGGUUCUACAUGGCUGAUCUUAGAGCGCAACCUGAUGUUGUAACAUGCAGUGCAUUACUUCAUGGCUAUUGCAGGGCGCAGAGAAUGGAAAAAGCUAUUGUUUUGUUUAAUAAGUUGCUUGAUGCGGGGCUAAAGCCAGAUGUGGUUUUGUAUAAUACGCUCAUCCAUGGAUAUUGCAGUGUAGGAGAUAUUGAGAAAGCAUGUGAGUUGAUUGGUUUGAUGGUUCAAAGGGGAAUGCUUCCAAAUGAGAGUACCCAUCAUGCACUUGUUGUGGGGCUUGAGGGAAAGAGAUUUGUGAACUCAGAAAAGCAUGCAUCCAUGCUACUUGAAGAAAUUGUUGUUGCAAAUGGUGUCUGAUAUCUGGAGGAUGAUAACAGAUCACAUUCUGCAGCAUCAUAUCUAACUCUCGCACUUCGUUUCCCGCCUUUUAAUAUGCAAACACAAUUCGAUACCUUGGAAGCUCAACGAGAGCAGCUGGAGAAAAUAGAAUCAGUGAGGUUGUUGGAGCAGAAACGGAGGAAGCUAGAGUUGAUGAUAGCUAUAGAUAGGAAAGGGAAAGCAGCUUUACUAGAAUGGAAUCAAAACCAUAUCGCAGAUAUCCCGUAAGCUUUUCGUUUAGGCUUUUCUGUUAUAUAUGUGAUUUCAUCAUAUGCAGUAGUAUAUUUUUCCUUGAGAAUACCCCUCCUGAUUGUAGUCAGAUUUGAUGAUUUCUUUUGAAACUAGUUGCAGACUCAGUAAUGAAUAUGUAAACUCUUUUGUAAAUAAUUUCAUUUUUUUGACGUCCAAAAGUGA